CCUAGCAACGCACCGGACCCAUGGAGACUGCAAGCAGUGUUUAAGUGAAGGAAUGCGAAUCUACAGCAGUCGAAACACACAGGAAAACAACAACACAUAACGGAUCGCUUAUGAAUUUUACGGACUGACUUCACAUCGUUGCUUUAAGGUGAAGAUGGGAUGCGUGAACUCCACAAACACCGCGGUCCAACCGCUGAAAGCCGACGAGGUGAAUGGAGACGAGGACAAGAUGGAAAGUAAACUCAGUGGUCGUGGAGACUCGGCCGUGUCGAAGGCCACUACAGACAGUGGGGUGGUGAUGGAGAACAGCGAGACACCUGGAGAGAUACCUGGAGCAGUGCCCAGAACACUCCCUCCUCUAACAUCUGAGAGCAUCAGAGAAAGUGAGGUGGCCAGAAUUACACAAGAGGACAUGCUUCUUCGGUAUAGUGAAGUAACUGAGCGUCAAAAGUCCAGUGUGAUCCUGGAGGAGCUGCUGAACCAGGGCAUCAUCACAAAGGAGCAGCCCAGAGAAAAGGGCAGCAGGGCUGGAGAAGCCUACAGCAUCACGCUGGAUGAUGGUGAAGGUGUCAGGCGCAGGCCUCCUGCAAGACUGGAGUCUCUUAAGGUCAAAAAAGCUCAAUGUGUCCACAGUAGAGAAGCGCUUGAAAAGAAGAUCAGGCUGGCUGCAGAGAGACGCAAGUUAAAAGAAAAUGAACUCAAGAUGCGUUUAAGGACCAAGUCUGCAUGUGUCCGUGUCCCCUGUACCGCCUCCACAGCUGAGGACGAAGACACACCCCUCACGCCUCUACCACCACGGCAUCCCAGAUGGACACGUGAAGAUGCAGAGGGAGGAGAGUGGGUGAGGGAGGAUAGAGGUGAUGGCAGGGAGUGUGAGGAAGAGGUGAAGAAGGUAGGAAAGAGAGAAAGGAGAGAGGAGGAAGUCGAUCAUAGAGAGGAAGGCAUAGAGAGGGAAGGUGAGGAGGAAGAAGAGGUGACCAAGGUAAGCUCCUUUACAGCCUUAGCGGAACUGGAGAGUGAUUUUAGCUUUCAACAUGCAGAAGACAAAGAAGAAGUAUUUUAAACUAUUACACAAAUGAGCCAUUAAUCAGCACAAUAUAGGGAUACAGAAAGAGGAAAGGAGCCAAAAAUAAUUCAUUUUGCAUGGACAUAGUUGUUUAAACUUGUAAAAUACAUGUAUCAGAAUUGUGUAAAAUAUAUUUUUAGUUUGUGAUUGACUUUAAAGUAGAAGCUAUUUUACUGUGAAGGUUUGCAGAAGAAGAACUGGAAAACACAAAGGAAUAUAAGGGUUUUCUAUUAAAUUCAAUGUAUUUUACCUCACUGAAUGCAUUAAUAAAGAGAAUAAAUUUUAUGCACUUAAUGCCAACAGACCAAAUGGAUUUUAAUGAGCAUUUUUUGCCCAGAACUGAGAAAAAUGACUGUUUGUUUUCCUGUCUCACACUGCAUGUGAAUGGUGUACUCUGUGCAGCUGUGCUGUUGCACAUAAGGUGGCGCUGUGUCAGUGAGUUAGACUGAGCCUGGAGUCUCAUCUGUAAGACAAGCUAUGAGGGACUGUUUUUGGCAAAAUGCAAGGAAAAGUUUUGUGCAAAAAGAUGUGUUUAAGGCAAAGUCAUUGUAAAUUAAAUUCUGAUUUUCCCCUUUUUUUCCAUGGUUCUGAGAGUGUGUGAA